AUGGACUCCUCGGGCUCCGGAUUUCUCCGUAUCCCCGGCUUGAUGGCACGAUCUUCGCCUGCUCCAGAAUUGUCUCCAAAAGACAAGCGUUAUUGGCUCCAAAUCGAGAAGGCAUUGGCGAGCUUCGAAUCACUCACAGAAUGGGCAGAUUACAUUGCCUUUCUCUCUCGUCUCCAGAAAGCGUUGCUGUUUGCUGAUGAGCCAAACAGCUCGGUACCGUGGAUUCCUCUAGCAGACCAAGUUCUGGCCAAAUUGGCCGCAUGUCUCAAUUCCAAGCUUCCUAAUGGUGUUCACCAGAAGGCUAUUUCCAUCUAUGACUUGAUAUUUUCCAAAUUGACGCCUCAAGUUCUCAAUUCCGAAAUAAGUAUAUGGCUCCAAGGCACACUUCCCGUGCUUUCGUAUGGAUCCAUGCAAGUUAAGCCCCAGGUGUUGGCUCUAUACAAAAACCACUUACUUGUACAUUUGGAGCCUGCCACACUUAAGACUAUCACGAGACCAUUUUUACUUUCGCUUUUGGCAGGAUUGGAGGACGAAAACUCGGAGGUUUUCGCUGACAUCAUGGCGCUCAUAGACUCGUUCAAGCAGAAACUCGCCGAUUCUCCCCAUUUCUGGCAGUCUCUUUUUCUCUGUAUCAUCACCAGCCCCGAAAAACGUAUGGGGGCACUCAACUGGUGUUCAGCCCGCCUUCCGGUGCUCGCUGCUAUGAAAGAUUCGAACGGAUCCAAAUUUUCCGUCGAGGCGCAGGCAUGUUUAACCCCAGAUCUGGGUUUGUUGGUCAGAGCCUUUGCUACAGCUCUCGAUACCCACACAACGUUUAAUCCAGCCACAGAUGUCAUUGUCGUACGUGGGUUUUUUGACUUGUUGCUAAGUAACUUGCCAUUAUCGUCAGAGGUGAUCGCCUCUAUUAUUUCCCCGUCCGAUAAGGAAUUGCUCAUCAUGUCAUGCUGUAAAGUAACACUAAAGCGUGACAUGAGUUUGAACAGAAGAUUGUGGGCGUGGCUCCUAGGACCUGAAAACUCCGAAGAGUCUUCUGGCGAGUCUAGAGUCAACUACUUUGAGAGAACCGCAGCUCCCAUUCUUGAGCGUGGCCUUUUAAAGCAAAUCAACAGUUCAGAGCAUCUGGAUCAGAUUCAAGCUCUCAAAAUGUCCCUUUCCUUGAUUUUGGACCGCUGGGAAAUCAACCAGCUUCUCACCCCGAGAAUCUUUGUUCCAAUUCUUGAGGCUAGUUACAAGGCAUUUAAACUAAACUCUCCAAAAUGUCGUGAGGUUAUCAGCGGCGCCAAGGCGUUUUUCGAUGAGGUGGAGGCCAGCUAUAUCUGGAAUUACAUCACUUGUACGCUCAUUGCAGGCUCUGCGCCUGAGAAUUUGGAGAUGCUCGAGUAUCUUUUGCACAACUUUCAUUUCCCUGAAGAAGAACGUGCUAUUCACAUCCCCUUGGCCAUUUUAUGUUUACUUUCCAACUACGAAUUGGCGAGCCGAUCUGUCUCAAUGUUGGAUUUACUAAUUGAGUUGCGUUUGCCAAAUUCGUUGGCACCUUUGGAAUCGCAGGUAGAUCUCGAUUCCUAUAACAAAGACACUAUUGUGCCAGCAGUCAAGGUGUUCUACCAGAAUUUAAUUUCUGACGACUCAACUCAGUCACCUUUUGCAGGUUCCACUUUGACCUAUCUUAUAAUGAACCUUCUCAAAAAUUGGUACGUGGAAAGUGUACAGCAGAAUGCGUUCAGUAUGAAGCUCUCGUCUAUAUUGAGUGAUUUCCUCUACACCGUUCCCAACGAGAAUCAAAUUGAACCUUUCGCUGACCGUGCUCUAAUUGAUUCCGUUCUUGGCUAUCCAUUUUAUAAAUGGUCUUUAAAUGAGGGAUUGGAAACCGAUAUGACAACCGUAUUCGGAAUCGUGAAUUUGUGCCGCUAUUUUGCCAAGAUAGCCACUCCUACCGAGAAAUCAAAGAUUUUGAAGAUUGUUUUGUCGAACUUGUGGAUUCCGCUAGUGACGUCCUACCCUGCCAACUACCAGGUUGAAUCUGUGCGUCACAUUUUCGAUUUAGAAAUUUGUUUCGAUAUUCAUCAAAUAGAAGCAGGUAUACUUCACAUGCUCUUGAGCACACCCAGUGAAAUUCGUGUCAAGUCAUUUUACAAGCUUUGGGUUCAUUCGGCAGAUUUAAGUGAUGCUGAAGUUAUCCUCGCCAAUCCACUUCAUGUUGUUCUUGAUGAUUUGAUUGCCUCAGAUAAAGGUAAUGCAAUGUCUGUUCAGAAAUUUGUUCACAAUGUCAUCACCGAUGGCUCUGCUGGAAGAUUGCUUAAAUUAAUCACUGAUCCACUUCUUGUGGCACCCUUCAUGAAGGCCCAGCAUACUGAAGUCAACGCUCAUGACGAUUUGACACUCUUUGCCUACAAUUUGGAGACGGUGUUGAAUGUCACCAGAAGCAAUGAAAAAUUAUUGAAAGAAUCUUUCAAUCACGAGUUUGUCGUCACAGAAAGUUCGGAGAAAUUUGAAUUAAUAAAAUCUAAUCUGUGGGAUAUCUCGAAUUAUAAGUCUCUAAUUGUUUGCAUUGCUCAGAAAUUCUUUAGUUUGAAGCUUUCGACUGAAAUUUUGAAUGACAGAGAAAGCCUUGCCAGCUUUUUGAGCUGUACAACGUCUGCGCUCGACCUUUACUCAACUCUCAUUACAGGAAGUGAAACUGAUUUUGAGACCCAUUUCCACUUCUUGAUUGAAAAAUGUUUGUAUUUCAUCCAAGAAUUGCAGCCCAUUCCGUUUGAAAUUGAGCUAGUGCAAGCGAAGUACAUCAAGUGUAUCUUGCAUUUCUUGAAUACAGCAAAGUCGAUGAAUUUCAACCUCAAUCUUUUGCACAUCGACGAAUCUUCCAAGGAUCCGUUGCUCGUGAGGUUUAUUGUGCAAGGUAUCACAAAGUGCCAGUCUUCUACAUUGCUAGAGAAGUGGUUUGCCCUACUUACUUCCUCCAUUUAUCAAUUUAAUGAGUCUGUUUUCAGCGUUAUUUUGACUCUCAACGACAAAAUCAUUGAAAAGAUUAAAGGCUAUAUGGAGUCCGUUAAAGUUUUUGAUAAGGCAACCGAAAUGACUGAUCUUGAAGCAUCUUUGAGUAUUCUAUUGAACGGUCUUGAAGACCUCCUUUCCAUAAGUCAUUCGUACCUCGUGACAUCGAACCUUCGUGCAAAUGCGAAAUCCCAGACGUCCAACGGCGAUGCUGGUUUUCUUGGAAACGUCAUUCUGGGUGUUUUCCUGAUCGAAUCACCAAGUCUCAGGACCGAAGUGCAGAAUAAACUUUAUUCGAUUUUGAUAUCUUUUCAAGAUGCAUCCAAGGUUGCAUUUGAUAUCUGGAAUUGGGCAGAUUCGAAGCCUCCAGUUCCAAAAGACUGUAAAGUGGCAUCUGCUAAGUCCAUCACUUACUUGGCUAAUAAGUUGAAGUUUAGAUCGAGAAAGUUGCUCGAGGCUUUAUGUGAACUUGAACGACAAGAUGUGAUAGAGACAAUCAUUGAGAGCCCUUGUGAAACUGGCACAAAGGUCAAGAUCUUGCAUGUUCUUGACAGUGGACGCUCUCAAAUCACACUCCCCCAUAUUUUGAAUUCCAUUAUUACUAGGUGCUAUCCGCACUCAUUGGGCGAAAAGCAGUUGUCAUCAAAGACAUCACUGGUGACAGAACAGGAACUUUCUGAAUUUCUUGUUCCCUACUAUGAGUCAAUUGAUCAUGAUACUGUGGACGACAUCUGGGAGAAUAGCAUAAGCUUUUUCAGAGAAGUAUUAUCGCACCCAAAUUACUACAAGAAUCAACUUGUUUCGUACUUAUACGUGAUCAAAAUAUUAUCACUUAAAUCUAACACCAAGAAAGUUGGAGACGGCAGGCGUAACAACAAGGAGUUGUCAACCAUCUUCUUGAGUAUGUUAAGCGCUGCUACAUCUAAUAGAGUCAAUGAAGGCGAUAAUGCAAAUGACGCAGAGUCUUCUGAUGCAUUUUUGCUGGAGUUGACAAAGCUUGUGGAGUACUUUGGAGAUAUUUUGCAAGAGUCCGACAAGACCAAUACUGCAGUUACAACCAUCAUUUCUUCAAUUAUCCAACCAAGUGUGAAGGUGAAAGCUAAGAUCACAAACGAACUGAUUCUUGAACUUAUUUGCUCGAUUGGAAGGAGCUACCCCAACAAAUCCUGGAAGCAGUUUGUUCAAGAUGCUUUUAUGGACAACAACUUUUUUGCAUCGAAAUACUCACUUCAGAAAGGAUGGCAAGAUGCAGUGGCUAUCUGGAUUUCCAGCGACAAGGAGAAGUUGACAGAUUAUAUCGCCCGAGUUACUCCCUCUGCACAGGCUUCAGCUGCCAAUAUAUUUAUCUGGAAUGAGAAUUCCGAGGUGGAGGACCGAAUUUUCAUUCUCAAGCGCAUUACAUACUUGAUCUUGGUUCUUCCAGAGGAUCUGUUUGCAAGCAUCUUGGACGAACUCUUUUCACGCGUCAGUGCAGCAUUGAAUAGCUCAUGCCCUCCAUUGUACAAGAGUGAAGCAUUCAAUCUUUUCCGAGUGAUCUCUCUCCGCUUCAACGAAAUGCAGUUGCUUCCUCACUGGCUGUUCAUAAUCCAAAGCUUACAGGAGGUGUUUGUCGAUACCGUGGCCAGAGUGUCCAAAGAUGCACUGUCUUUUUCUAAAGAACAGUUGAAGCUUGUUCUCUCUGCUUGCAAAUUGUUGGACCAGCUGCUUCUCAUUGGAUCGGACGAAUUCAGUCUUGGAGAUUGGCAAUUCAUUGGCACCAGCUCCGUGACAGACACAACACGGAACCGGUCACUCAUGGAUCAGCUUGCCCAACAAACCGAGAUGCUUCUCACUAAAGAGGAUCCAAUUGCUGUUUCGCACCCAAUUACAGAACACGAGGUUGCACCACUAUUGACUGGGGUACGCAGCAUCCACCAUAUCGCCAACUUGAAGAAGUUCUUUGGCCUGUUGAGCUACAUCUGCUACGAGAGAACCUACGGAUUGUGCACGGCAGACAUCUCUGCAUGCAACCAGGAUGCGUUCGAAGAUUUGUAUGUCUAA